GAAGGGGCUCCUGCUCCUGCCGCCGCCGCCGCCAGGGCUCGGCGAACCGGAAGCUCCGAGGGAGGCCCUCCCGACAAGGCCGGUGGCGGCAAGAGCUACCGGGGUCGGGAUGGAGGAGGAGGAGGAGGCGGUGGCGGCCUCCGCUGCUGCUGCUGCUGCCGCCUCCGGAGGACGGGGAGCGGGAGGCGAGCCCGGGGGCUGCUGCGGGUGCAAAGGGGUCCGCGGCUGCCUGCUCUGCGAGGCCGCUCCGCCCCCGCAGGUACCACGCGCGGCAUCGGAGGAGGAGGAGUGAUGGUGGGGGAAGUGGGUGGGCAUUCAGGGGCGAGGGGGAAGGUUUGGAGGAAGCGGGGAGGUGUGUGUGGAAAGAGGAGGGGGAAGGAGCCCCUGCCUGCUGCCUUCGGCCGAGGGACGCGCGCCUCUUGAGGGGGUGCAGAGUGCAGGCGCCCACCGCGCGGGCAGUGAGAAAUUGCCGCAAUAGUAGUGGGUGGGAGGAAAGGGGCCGCAAGAGCCACUUCGCUGCGAGGAAAGGUUUGGGGCUCUUUUAGUUUGGGGGGGGGGGAAAUGCGCGGGAAAAGUGACACGAUCGUGGCAAUCAUGGAGAAAGUGGGUAGAGGAAAGUGUUUUCCUACCUCUCCCGCCUAACACUCGAACUCGCGGACAUCCCGCGAAGCUGAAUGUUGGGAGAUUGAAGACGAAAAAGCCCUUCUUCACGCAGCACAUCGUUAAAACUGUGAAACUCGCUUCCGGUUCAUUGAUGUCAAUGAAAUGAAAUACUAACGAGGAUUCUUUCGAAGCGUUGAUUCUAUCAUGCAAAAUAGACCGCUCGGCUUUGGAACACAUUUUUAAAAGGAAAACCCGACAAGGUUUUCAGAUACAUUACAAUUGAAUAACUUGUUAAAGAAAUUCCCCAAGUAACUGAUGUGGUAGUUUGAAAGUCUUGUUUAUUCCAAGAAGACCCAUUUAUCCUAAAUAGCACCUAAUAGGGCAGACAUGAGAAACGUGCUAAGAGGAAGGCACGCUUGGCAAAUCCACACCGUGAUCAGCUCCCACCCAGAAACCAAUGUCCCCACUGUGGAAGGACGUGUGGGUCCAGAAUUGGCCUCCACAGUCACUUACAGACUCAUUGUUAAAACCGUGUUUAUGGAAGACAAUCUUACUUGGCUACUAGUGAUCGCCAAAGAAGAAGACGACAAUUUUUAAAAUGUGUUCCCAUUGAGAUCCCAAGAUUAAAAUUUGGGUAGCUCUUAGAAAUAGUAAAUAAUCAACACAAUUUUUUGGAAGUUUUCAAUUGUAACUUUUUUGCAGUGUUAAAUUUUAAAGUAAGUCCAUCAUGUGACAUAUCAUAUUAGAGCCCAUGAAGUUCUGAAGAGAUUGGUGUUUUUGUUUUGACAUAUCUCAAUUCUUGGCUGAGCUUUUAAGGUUUUUGUGUAGUCUGACAAGGCCAAAAUUGUCAAUUUUUUGAAAUUUCAAACCCUCAUAACUCAAAUGGGAUGAGACAUUAAAAUUUUAGAUUUAAACUUAGUUUUGAUCACAUUCACACCUCAAGAUGCUAAGCUACCACUUAAAAUAACAAUAAUGUUCACAACCCAUUGAGUUUUCUGUCACUUCACACUCGGCCCCAGGAGAAAGUGCACAGUGCCUUCCCCUCAUCAGUGAUCAGUAGUGUCAUAGGCUGUACUGUUUGCAUUCUUUAACCUUUAUUGUUUGCCUUUCUUUUACAAUGGAAAAGACAAGGAGGGCUUCCAUCAGAAGUUAUAAAACAACCAACCUAUAAACAUCAAAGACAGACAUGAACCAUCACCAAGGGUGGUGCAUUCAAUCAUGUCAGAACACAAAAGCCGAAGCUACUGUCCAAUACAACUGUUAGCCCUAAGGCACAAGUGAGGAACUUGUGAUUAGAUUCCAACUUCUGUCAAGGGCCCCUUCUGAAAUAACGUUUUCCACAUGCUCAAGUGGCAUACAGGGGCAGAUCUACUAUGAAACUAAUGAAGCUUAAGCUUCAGGGGCCCCAAUUCUGGAGGAGCCCCAGAAGUGACUUUAGUCCAUGUUGCUUAAAAUUUUGGGGUCUAGUAGAUGCGGGUGGCGCUGUGGGUUAAACCACAGAGCCUAGGGCUUGCUGAUCAGAAGGUCGGCGGUUCGAAUCCCUGCGACGGGGUGAGCUCCCGUUGCUCGGUCCCUGCUCCUGCCAGUUAGAAAGCACACAGUGCAAGUAGAUAAAUAGGUUCUGCUCCGGCGGGAAGGUAAACAGCGUUUCCGUGCGCUGCUCUGGUUCGCCAGAGGCAGCUUUGUCAUGCUGGCCACAUGACCCGGAAGCUGUACGCCGGCUCCCUCGGCCAGUAAAGCAAGAUGAGCGCCGCAACCCCAGAGUCGUCCGCAACUGGACCUAAUGGUCAGGGGUCCCUUUACCCUUUAGACUAGUUUGAGUCACAUUACUCAAAUUGAUUGAUUUUUUUGUUGUAUAUACUUCAACAAUCACAAAGUUUUGAGAGUCAGUAGCACAAAUGUUAUAAAGGUAUUGUGAUCUUUUUGUGGAACUACCCAGACCUUGCCACUGGUUGCAAAGGGGCCCACAUGACAGUCCAAGCUUCAGCCCCCCCCCCCAAAUGUAGGUCUGCCACUGGUGGCAUAACACCUUUGGGCUGUAAUCCUAUAUGCACUUUUCUGGGUUGUAAGCCCUAUUUGUCACAGGAGAACUGCCAAGUAAAGUGCAUAUUAUGAACUGUGUUUGCAGCAGAGGUUUGGGGACCAGCACUUACUUGAUCAAAAAUAUUUAGAAGGGCUGUCACAACUAAAGGAAAUUUAGGCUGCAACUCUGUACAUGCUUCCUUGGGAGAAAGUACCAUUGAAUUCAGUGGGAUAGCAUUGUCAAGCCUAUUUCUUUAAGAAUUAUUACUUCUCAAUUGAAGGGACAUAUUUUGCUUUCUAUUAAACCUCUUUCACCAUCUACUUGAUAACAAAAUAACUUUACAAACCAAGCAUGGUGCAUAUGAAAAUUAUUUGUCAUACCACUCCUUUGUAUAAUCCCUUUUAUCUAUAUUAUAAUUAUGUUCACCUGUGUUAUAAGGAUGCCAAAUGCAGAAAGUUUUGAAACCAAUUAUUUCAGAUUAUUAUUUUAACUAUAAGUGGUCAGAAAUGACUAAUAACAGAAUCUGAAGUAAAACAAUCCUUACUCACUUUGCCUUUCAAAAACCUUUCAAAAAAGAAUUAUUAUUUUUUUGCUUUUGCCUUGCCACUUUUUAACUUCCUUAUUGUGCCAACAGAUGGAUAAUAAGUAUCAUAUGCUAUCUCAGGUGUUAAGAAGCUCCUUCAUCAGAAAAAGCAUCAAAGUAACACUGUGUGAUUCAGUAGAGAAUUUUAGUAUCUCAGAGGCUUCCCUUAAAUCAUGCUUAAGCCUCAAGGAAGGUAAUGAAAUCAUAACAAUUGUUUUUGUGGAGCAACUUUUAAUUCUACAAAAGCACAUUGUCAUUGUCACGGAACAACAAAAAAUACAGAUUUGAUCAUGCAAGUGGAACUACCUGUUCCUGUACUUGAGUAUCCAUACUGAAAAUGCAAAAGUCUAAUUUGCUGUCUCUUCUUUUCUCAGAUAAGUGCAAAUUUUGUGUACUGUCCACUGACUGGCUUUGCUGUGGGAGAAAAGCAAUCAGAAUUUGCAGGAUGGGCCUUUCCGUUUCCAGGAGUCUUUUUGCUGGAAGGGUUUAUAAGUGCAGAUGAAGAAUGCAAGAUAGUUGAGCUGAUGGACUGCAGUGCUUGGAAGCCAUCACAGUCUGGCCGAAGAAAACAGGUCUUGUUCUCCAAUUGAAAUUCCUUCAACCCCAACUCGUCUGGUUUUUUUUAAUGUGCAUGGCUUUCCCCUCUUCCUCCUCAUCUCCCUCUUUCUGCUUCAAAUGGUGGAGUGGUUAGUGUGUUGGACCAGCACUGGGGCAACGUGAGUUCCAAUAGCCACAUAUACAGCUUUUCCAAUAUGACACCUGCAUACACAGCCUAAUUUAUUUCUUUUAAAGUAUUUUUGUAUGUAUGUUAUUGCCAUCCAGAAGUAGGGCUGUGCAUUGAAUCACCAUAUUGUUGAAAUAACAUCAUGAUAAGUCUUUCAACAAAGCAAUAUACCUUGCAGAUGAUUUGCAGGUACAGUGUCUACUGCUCUGUUUGUUCUCUCCCUUCUCCUAAGGACAAGAAAUGAAGAUAAGUCCUUACAAACCAGCAAACUCUUUCAGCUUCACCAGUAUCUUUUCAUUUAGAGCUCAGCUAAUUAUACAGAGUCUACUAAUAAUCCAGGAGAAACCCUCCACAGCUAGACAAUCAAAGAGGCAAAGUAAACAAAGAACUGGAAAGCACUUAUUUCUUCCCUCACCACUGAAAAAAAGAGGGGGAAGAGUUUUCAUUUUCAUUUUCUGGUGGUGUUUAUGUCAUUGGUUCCCCCUAAAUAGCUUUCCUCCAUAUUAAAAAGGGUGUUUUUUAAAAAAUAAAAAUUAAAGGAGACUAACUUUUUGCUUGCUGGCCCUCCCUCCCUCCCUUUGAUAAAAAAGGAAAGAUUGGUAUUAUGAGGGCUUGGGGGGGCUUCUGUGGCGGGGAUGGAGGGGAGAAGAUUUAGCUGGCUGCCUUAUACUGAAUGGGAGAUUGGGUACUGUGAGAAUGAUGGUGAGGGUGUUUUUCAAAAGCAAGUGUGUGUCUACUCACAAGCAAGCCCUACUGAAUUUAAUGGGGCUUACUCCAAGGAAAGUAGAAGCAAGUUUAGUUCAUAAAUAAGUUGAAAAUAUAUUAAAUAGAAUAUAUGGAAGUUUAUUUAAUAUUUUUAUUAAAUCUACUACUUCCUUACUUUUUAAGGCCCUCCACCACUGCAGGGAGCCUUGUCAAGGCCCUUGACUACUGCAGGGAAGUGUGGCGCACCCUCCGCUGCUAUGGGGAGGUAUGGCAGGAGCCUCUGCCCCCGUGGGGAGGCCCAGCAAGGCCCUCCGCCACUGCAGAUAUAUAUUGUGAUAUAUCAAGAUAUUGUGAUAUUUAACUGGGGAUAUAUAUUGUGAUGUUGAAUACCAGAUAUUACCCAGGCCUGUCCAGAAGUACUCUGGGCAGCUUACAGCUUACAUAAAGUGAUGAAAUAUAGUAUGAUUAAGUGACAAUAUGAUAAAAACAGCAUGCAGUCUUAAAAUUUCCAGGAAUGAGAGAACAAAACCUACUAAUUAAAAUCACAGAAGCAGUGGUUUUGGUUUAAAACAGUAAAAUCACUGUUGUUUUAAGGGGGUGGGGUCUUCACCUGAUGCUUGAAUGACCAUAAGAAAGGUGCCAGGCCAUCCAUUUCCAGGAAUGGCAUUCCACACCCAGAGUGUCACUGUUGAAAACACUGCCUCCCUGAUAGUUACCUGCCACAUGCCACGAGCCACAUGCCACAAGAGCCCCAGAGCACAGUUUCUGAAGAGGAUCUUAAGGCUCCGAUGGGGAUUAGAUGGGAAAAUAUGAUGUUCAAAGCUAUUGCUUUAGUUAUAUGCAGGUUUAAUAAAAACCAACUUUACAGACAGAAAUAUCCACCAUCACGCCACGACCUAUUUGCGCAAGUGAAAGUAUGUUGCACAAGUGGGCUGGAUGUCAUUCUUAAGAUUUCUUCUAUCAAGGGACAGCUGUACUUAAUAAACUGCAUUGUAAGUGCUUGUAAGGUGGGUCAGCAUUAUUAUUCUCAUACUGCCAUUUGCGGACUAAGGAGCAGCUUGUCUGAGGCUUCCUAGAGGCUUCAUGGCCAAGGCAAGAUUUGAACCAGGAAAAAGCGAAGCAGUGCAUUGUACCAGCUCAAGUAACCUUUUCUCCUCCUCCUCCUCCUCCUCCCUAUAGGACUAUGGCCCCAAAGUGAAUUUCAAGAAGCGCAAGUUGAAAGCAGGCGGUUUUGCUGGCUUGCCCAGCUUCAGCCAGGAGAUUGUGACUCGAAUGAGAAGCCAUUCUGUGCUCAAAGACUUCUCUCCAGUUGAGCAGUGCAACUUGGAUUAUGGCCCCGAGAGAGGGGCUGCUAUUGACCCCCACUGGGAUGAUUGGUGGCUUUGGGGAGAACGCCUGGUUAGCUUAAACUUGCUUUCAGCAACUGUGCUCUCCAUGUCUUGCGACUCAGAGGAUUAUAUCCAGUUAUUUCCAGCCUUCCUUCAAGACAGCAAGCAGGUACACAGCUCUUUGACCCAUGCUGUUUCUCAGGAGCAUUGGCCUAAAGAAUCUACUUCUUUAGGAGGACUCAGAAGCACCACAAAGUGGGGAACUGACCCUUCUUCCCCCACAAGGUCAGUUUUGUCUAAAGAGGUUGUCGUCGCCAUUCACUUACCUCAGAGAUCACUAGUGGUUCUGUAUGGACCGGCUCGCUAUAGAUGGAAACAUGCCAUUUAUCGCCAUCAUAUUAAAAGCCGCCGUAUCUGCAUCACCUUCAGAGAAUUGUCUGCGGAGUUCAGUCUUGGAGGAGAACAGGAAGAAUUGGGUCAAAAGCUCCUAAAAACAGCUCUGACAUACCAGGGAAUACCUGUUUAGGCAUCCAUGUAGAGGAACUGAAACUCUUUAACUUGUUUGGAUCCCCAGAAAUUAAACUUCAAGGCCUUUCAUAAA